CCCGUGAGCGCGCACGUCGCUGUCAGAUCCGCGGUAGGAAGUGCGGAUGGUGAGUGUAUGAAUGUGUCAGCUGCAGUUAAGCGAGAGAAACAGAGUGAUCCGAGGACGGCCGGACGAAGCCCGAGCAGACGAAUGAACAGGAUCCGUCGGAUUUCCUGAAUAGAGGGGUAAACGCUACCGGAUCCGUGGAGGGGGGGGUGGGCCCUUUUGGGCGCCCAGUUGGACGCCCCGUUGGACGCAGAGCCCUGGACACCACGGCCGUGGGCAGUUAGAAGAGGUCAUGGCUGAGAUUUCAGCCCUUACUCCAUCCCCUCCUGGCCUGGGUGACUCCCACAUCCCCCAGCCCCUGCCGAACAGCACUGACCCUCAUCCUCACCCCGUGAGCCCAAAGGACCUUACCCCGCAAACCCCCAAAUCUGCCCUCUAUGGGGACCCUGCAGUGAAAAGCACCACAUGGAGAGGGGCAAAAGAGCCUGCCCGGGAUGGUAAAGGUCCCCCCCCAGCUCCUCCCAAGCCCCCCCCACGGUCAUCCAGGGGGGUGGGAGCGGGCACGGAGGUGCACUCCUGCGACGUGCGGUCCUUGGGCUCAGAGACGCAGCCCUCUGAUCGUGACCCCGCCCCUAGCGUCAGUUCCAGCAGUGAUGUCACCCUGGCAGCCGCUCAGCCCCUGAGCUCCACCCCCACCGCCAGCAGCGACCCCCAUCUUCCUGCGGUUGCAGUCCCUGCUGAGCACACUCCCCCGCUGGGGAACACCUCCCCAAGGCAGCUGCCCCCCCAGACCCAGUCCCAGAGCACCUCCCAUUGCUCCCCCAUCCCCAUCGUCCAGGAGCCUCAGCCCGCCUUCUUCCCAACCACCCCUCUCCGCCAGCCCGCCCCCGACUCCCUCAGCUACUUGGAGUCGGCCAGCCUGAUGUCGGGCACCAUGGAGUCACUGUCAGGCAUUGGGGACGACACCAGCUCCCUGGGCUCUGACUCGGAGGUCAACGGUUCGGUGCUGCGCCGCACCGACAAGUACGGCUUCCUGGGCGGAAAUCAGUACACCGAGACCGGUGAGAAGGAGGUCAGUGUGGACGUGGCCAGGCAGAGGGAGAUGAAAUGGUUAGAGAUGUUUGCCAACUGGGACAAGUGGGUCUCGCGACGUUUUCAGAAGGUGAAGUUGCGCUGUCGGAAGGGGGUUCCCUCGUCGCUCAGAGCCAGGGCCUGGCAGCUGCUGUCCAACAGCCAGGAGCUGCUGGAGACCAACUCUGGGAAGUUUGAGGAACUCGAGAGGGAACCAGGAGACCCUAAAUGGCUGGAUAUCAUAGAGAAGGACCUGCACAGACAGUUCCCCUUUCAUGAGAUGUUUGCUGCUCGAGGUGGACAUGGCCAGCAGGACCUGUACCGCAUCCUGAAGGCCUACACGGUGUACCGGCCAGACGAGGGCUACUGCCAGGCUCAGGCCCCCGUGGCCGCCGUGCUGCUCAUGCACAUGCCUGCGGAGCAAGCCUUCUGGUGUCUGGUACAGAUCUGUGAGAAAUACCUUCCCGGGUACUACAGCGCCGGCUUGGAAGCGAUCCAGCUGGAUGGGGAGAUCUUUUUCUCCCUGCUACGACGUGUCUGUCCCAUGGCCUACCGCCACCUGAAGAAGUUCAAGAUCGACCCCAUCCUCUACAUGACCGAGUGGUUCAUGUGCAUCUUCUCCCGGACCCUCCCUUGGGCCUGCGUGCUGCGUGUCUGGGACAUGUUCUUCUGCGAAGGUGUGAAGAUCGUUUUCCGCGUGGGCCUGGUGCUGCUCAAGCAGAUGCUGGGCUCGGUGGACAAGCUGCGGGAGGUGCAGGGCAUGUAUGAGACCAUGGACCGUCUUCGCAACAUUCCGCCGGAGAGCGUGCGCGAGGACCUGCUGGUGCACGAGGUGACCGUGAUGCCCGUGUCCGAGGCCCUGAUCGAGCGCGAGAGCAGCAUUCAGGUGCGGAAGUGGCGUGAAUCACGGGGCGAGCUGAGUCACCAACCACGCCGCCGCCUGCAUGGCACCCGCGCCAUCCACGAGCUGAAGAUGCGGGCCGCUGCCAUCAGCUCCGGGGGCAGCUUCUCCUACCUGCCCGGCUCCGCCCCCCUGCCAGGGCCCCUGCGCGCCUCAUCCAGCCUGCUCUCCCUCCAGGGCUUCCGCAAGUCCAAGCCUACCUUUCGGCCGCCCAUCAAGAAAGGCGCCUUUAUCGGCUUCGCUGCACUGGAACCGGAGCAGCCGAAGUCGUUCCAGAGCCCCCCCUUCCAGGCCCAGCCGCUGCCACCACAGGCACCGUCCUCCCCGGGCGCCACCGUCAGCGCACUAGCGGGCUCCACCCUCCCGGCUGGUCUGAAGCCGGUGCCCACAGCUGAGGAGGACCCGGCCGUGGCCGAGAAGGGCCCCACCCCUCCCCAAACCCUGAUGGCCUCCCCCAGGGUCGUCUCUGAGCACAUCACCCCCACCCUCCCAUCCCCCGCUGCCAACAAUGUCCCGCUCCCAUUGGUCGUGGAUGGGGGCAAGCCGGGCGCCUCCAGCGAGGUGCCAGCAGGGGGUGCCGGUGAGGAAGAGGGGAAGAAGAAGAAGAAGGGGAAAGAGGAGAAAAAGAAGGGAAAGGAGGAGGAGAAGCAGAGAGUGAAGGAGAAGAAGGAGAAGGAGCGGCAGGAGAAGGAGCGGCAGGAGAAGGAGAGGCAGGAGAAGGAGCGACAGAAGAAGGAGAAGAAGAAGGAGAAAGGAGGGAAGAAAAAAGAAAAAGGAGGGGGCAAGGAGGAAGAAUAGAAGGUGGAGGGAGAGGGAAUGUAAGAGCAGGUAUGCCAAGAGGAGCCUGAAUGAGGAGCUGAACAGUGCAGGUGCAUAAGAGCGGGUGAUGUCAUCAGGAGGAGCCCCCCGGUACCCGUCCCUAACCAGUCAGACGCCUCCCUGUUCCUGCACUGUUGAUCCUGAGAAAUCACAUCUUGGGCUCAUCUCCUUCAUUUUCAUUCGGCUGUGUUAAUUAUCCCGUUGACGGAGACUUUGAACCUGACUGGAGCUGCCAGUGUUUGUAAAUAGACACUAUGGUUCUGUUCACCUUCAUAUCCAAGCCCGGUUCUCCACUGUGUGCUUACGUGGGUCAUAAGACAGGCAACCAGACAAAGAACCAAAAACAUUUCCAGUGAUCCCACUGCAGUACUGGAUGCCUCGUAAGCUGUAUUUACGGAAGGCUGUAUUCUGUGUGUUUAUGCGUUGGUGUGUUUAUACUCACACUGUGAACGUGCCCCCUCACUCUCCCUCUCCCUCCCUCUCUCUCUCUCUCAUGUGCGUGUGAGCGUCUUGACUGUGCCAUUAGAGGAAGGAAAAUAAUCUGGUUGCACACGUCUGUCUGGAUAAAUUGAGACUGGCUGUCGUGUCUAUAAAAAGUCCUGCCAUUUCUCUGUCACAUCCUCUUGCUUUUUUUAAAUAAUUGUCAUUUUUCUUCCUCUCCUCUGGCUCAGUUGAAGAGCACAUUGUCUGGCCAAAAACAGUCUGGAUGCCACCUCCUCCUUCCCGAACCCUGUAGUUCAGAGGAGGCCGGGCGAGGCCAAGCCUGCCGGGCUUUCUUUAUGUUCUAGCCAAACCCGCCAGUGUGUUUGACACUCAAACCCUCUUCCAUGGGCUGUGAAGGAGCACUGAGACGAUCUAGACGGUCUGACUCUGUACUGCCCCCCACUGCCGGAGGUACCCAAGCACAUCUAGGUUGAAUUUGGCAGAUCUCCCAUGAAGCGUUAGUUUUGUAUAUAUAUCAGCACUUGUAUUAUAUUUAUGUAGAAAUUAAUUCAGUGAACCAGAGAAUGAUAUAUGAGGCAAAGGUUUUCAUAUUUUUAUUUUAUUAUGGAGAACUGGAAUGACUGGAAUAAUGGCAGGUUCUGAGAGUCCCGCGGACUGUUUUAUACAUUUUUUUUUCUUUUUUUUUGUGUGACGCGGCUUGAGCCUUGGGAACAUUGUUUUGUUUGUUUUUUGUUUUUUUCUUUUAAAUCUUGCACAAAAAGGCCUUUCUUGUUCUUGUGGGUAGUUGUUGCCUGCUUGGUUCACUGCAGAUCAGAGACUUGUGGGUCCUCCUGCACAUCUCAGCUUGGGUAUAUUUUCUCAAACCCUGCUGACCUACCCCUUUCCAAUGAGCAGCCUGUCUGAUCUCCCCCAUGGCUAAUGAGCGGACUGUCUAACCUCCCCCAUGGCCAAUGAGCGGACUGUCUAAUCUCCUCCAUGGCCAAUGAGCAGACUGUCUAAUCUCCUCCAUGGCCAAUGAGCAGCCUGUUUAAUCUCCCCCAUGGCCAAUGAGCAGACUGUCUGAUCUCCCUGAUAGCCAAGUUCUUCCUGUAUUAAGCUUUGAUCAGUGUUUCAACAAUUCCCAUUUAUUUAGAAUUAAAACCGUGAAGUUUAUGUAUAGCAUGGUGUGUUAGUGCAUUAUUGAAUGAAUUGUCUUUUUUUGUUUUUAAUUUAACAGUGUUGAUUUAUGUAGAGGUCACAAUGCCAAAGGUAGAUUUCAUGAGGGCAUUUCGAAAGGCUUGUGGGGGGUAAGUGGUAUGAGCUGGGAGGCUCUUGACGGCCACAUCUUAUAGGGGGUUGUGAAUUUUAAGCUGUCCAGGAGGGUCUUCACCCAAACUCAAUAUACUCCUGAUUAUCUCAAGCCUCUUUAGGCUGUGUAACAACCUGCUAUUCUCACUUAUGGUAUUCUCUCCUCCUUUACCUUGCUAUCUUUUGCGCCCAGCAAUACCCCAGUUAAAGAGACAAGCAGCCAUCUUCAUGUCAGGCAAGCAAGGCAGCAGAGGAAUGGGCUAAAUCUUAUUUUAUUGAGAAAAUGUCAGCGCCGGUUGCGUCACACUGCAUUUUGACUGAAAUCAAGGGUUUACAGUAAAUACUGUAAAUCGCCGAUUGCAGUGACACUUUAAUCAUCUCCUGUUAGCUGUAGUCUGUUACGGUGAUAUGCAAAGGUCCUCCUCACCUAACGGCAAGGUGCCCCCGCUCUCUCCUCUCGGCCGUCUUCCCUCCAUGGUAGGCCUCUUGCCUGGGAAGCAGGAGGACAGGGGGGGAGUCAAGACCCCGGCCGUGUCACUCCCACGGUUAUGGAAUCUGAAGCCCCCCAUUCUUUUGCACUCCUCGCGUUCUGACGGACCGGUCCGGAUGAUACUAUGCAUCUGAAACCAAACCCGGAUUCCCGCCUUUCUGACGAGCAGUGUGGCCUCUACGCCCUGCUCCAUCUGGUACCGACCCGCAGACAAGAGCUUCUGGCCCUUGGUCAUAUGACGCAGGAAGAGCUCGUUCCCUAGUGCUGGACACAGAACUUUCUAGCUCUCAAGUGUUUUUCUGUUCCGAGUCUUGAUCAGCAUCGUUAUUAUUAUUAUUAUUAUUAUUAUUAUUAUUAUUGCCUGCUUUGUCGUCUCUUCCCCUCAUCAUUUUAAAUCUGACUCUUCUCGGUCAAACAUUCGGAAUGGCGUAAGAACAAUAAGUUUGUCCGCUUGGUUUGAGGGAGGACUGGGCUGUAGGUGGGAAGAUAGAUAUACCUGUAGGCAUUGGGACCAAAUGAAGUAAAACUGGAAUGACUCCAUGUUUUGUUUUAAAUGACUGUUGUACUUAUUUUUAUUUUAAUGGUCUUUUUGUAUUUGUGAAUUUCCUGUGUGUUUUAAAGUCCUCAGUAAACCGUAAUUACUCAAAAUGAAAAUAGUGAAUAAUAAAUCAUUCCUUAACUACAGGAGAUGAAUCAGAAUGAAACAUACUUACAUUGUAAUGAUGAUGCUGAUGACACCGUUGAUGAUGAUGAUGAUAGUUACAAAUAAUAAAUAAUAUAUUAAGUCUUA